CUUCUUUCGCCGGAACACCGGACGGUUAGCUUUCGUCUGCAGUGAGCUUCGCAGCAGUUGGAUGAAUCAGUUGACGUUGACAGACCUUGGGAUAUGACAGUGCUUUUGUAGUACAGAGCUAGCUUUUAGCUAGACCGUUAGCUUGGCGACAGGGUUGUGGAAUUAGGUUGUUCGAAAGGGACGAAUUCCGGUCACGAGGCGUUUUAUUUUUCUUAACGUUGCGUUUUACGGAAACAUUUAAAUUUGUUUUUUGUUUUUUUGUGUGUGUGUGAGUGUUUUAAAAACAAAAAAAGAUGACGCCGGUAGUGUUGUUUUCAAAUGAGCUAGUUUAACUUGAGAUACGCGACAAGCUAGCGUAUCAUCAACUUGGGAACCUCCUAACUUGGUGCUUUGAGGGUUACAACAACCUCGCCUUUCAGCCGGGAAAGUAGCAACCGGGGGAACCGGUGUAGCUGUUAUUAUUAGUAUUAUUAUUAUUAUUAUUUUUAUUUUUAACCGGGUAGCAGACCGACGCGCUCCGAUAACCCGACGGAAGUGGGAAGAGACUGCUAGCAUAACGAAGCUAGCCGGUUGGAAGUUGUAAUAUGAAAAAGACACAGUCAGACACGUUGGGUUUUGUUCCUCAGAAAGACAUCGUAUACAACAAACUUUUACCGUACGCGGACAGGCUAGACGAUGAGUCCGGGGAGAUUUUGAGCAGAAUAAAGGGGAACUUGGGCCGAGCUGUGCAGCUUAGAGAAAUAUGGCCCGGUGUGCUUUUUUGGACGAGAAAACUUUCAACGUACAUGAGACUUUAUGGACGGAAGUUCAGCAAAGAAGACCAUGUGCUGUUCAUCAAGUUGCUGUACGAGCUAGUGACGAUCCCCAGACUGGAGAUCAGCAUGAUGCAAGGCCUCGCUCGCCUUCUUAUCAACCUUCUCAAGAAAAAGGAACUGCUGUCGAGGGAGGACCUGGAGCUGCCGUGGAGACCGCUGUAUGAGCUGCACGACAGGAUUCUGUUCUCAAAGACCGAACAUCUGGGUCUUAACUGGUUUCCCAAUUCUCCAUGCCAUCGUUCUUCUACUAAACUCAUAAUGUUAAAACUGAUUCAGAGGUGCUCAGUGGAAAACGUGUUAAAGACACUUGUGAAAAACUGCAGACCGUACUUCUCAGAGAAUGCUACCCAGGAGAUGCUGGAUGAGUGGAGGCCUCUCCUCUGUCCCUUCGACGUCACCAUGCAGAGAGCGAUCAGCUACUUUGAGCUUUUCUUACCCACAACUCUGCCUCCCGAGCUGCACCAUAAAGGCUUCAAGUUAUGGUUCGAUGAGCUGAUCAACUUGUGGGUGUCGGUGCAGAAUCUCCCAAGCUGGGAAAUUCACCUGGUCAACCUGUUCGCUCGCCUGGCCAACGACAACAUCGGCUACCUUGACUGGGACCCUUACAUUCCCAAGAUUUUCACGAGAAUUUUGAGGAGUUUCAACCUUCCCGUAGGGACCAGUCAGAUGAUGGUAUCGCGUUACGUCACAAAUGCCUACGAUAUCGGCCACGUGGUGCUUUGGGUCUCAUCCCUCCUGGGGGGACCCAGCAAGCAGACUCAAGCGCAGCUCAGUGGCCUUUUCAACAGCAUCACAUCCUUCUUCCACCCAUCAAACCACGGCCGUUGGCUGAUGAAGCUCAUGAAGCUGCUGCAGCGUCUCCCGGCCAGCGUGGUGCGCCGGCUCCACCGGGAGCGCUACAGGAAGCCCUCGUGGCUCACGCCCGUCCCCGACACUCACAAGCUCACCGAGGAGGACAUCACAGAGUUCGUGCAGAGCAUGAUGCAGCCGGUUCUGCUGGCCAUGUUCAGCAAGACGGGCAGCCUGGACGCGGCCCAGGCCCUGCAAAACCUGGCUCUGAUGCGCCCCGAGCUGGUCAUUCCCCCUGUGCUUGAGAGGACCUACCCGGCUCUGGAGACCCUGACCGAGCCCCACCAGCUGACGGCCACUCUGAGCUGCAUGAUUGGCGUGGCACGUAGCCUGGUGUCAGGCGGGCAGCGCUUCCCCGAGGGACCCACUCACAUGCUGCCCCUGCUAAUGAGAGCUCUACCGGGCGUGGACCCCAACGACUUCAGCAAGUGCAUGAUCACAUUCCAGUUCAUCGCUACGUUUGUGACCCUUGUGCCUUUGGUGGACUGUUCGUCUGCCUUACAUGAAAGAACGGAUCUGACUGAGGUGGAGCGGGAGAUGUGCUCGGCCUCAGCCGAGUUCGAAGACUUUGUGCUGCAGUUCAUGGACAGAUGUUUUGCCCUGAUAGACAGCAGCACUCUGGAACAAACCCGAGAGGAAACAGAAACUGAGAAAAUGACUCAUUUGGAGAGUCUAGUCGAGCUCGGACUCUCCUCGACCUUUAGCACCAUCCUUACGCAGUGCUCCUUGGACAUUUUCAAGGUGGCUUUGGAAAAGGUUUUCAACUUUGCAACCACCAACAUCUUUGAGACGCGUGUAGCUGGACGAAUGGUGGCCGACAUGUGUCGAGCUGCUGCCAAGUGUCACCCCGCAGAGUCGCUCAAGUUGUUUGUGCCGCACUGCUGCAACGCCAUAAACCAGAUCGCUGCCAAUGAGGAAGUGUUGAAUGAGGAAGAGCUUGAUAAGGAGUUUUUGUGGAAUCUCCAGCUGCUUUCCGAGGUAACUCGUGUGGACGGCGACAAGCUCAUCCCCUAUCGCUCUGAUCUGGUGCAAAUGUUGCAGCUGACUCUUCACCUCAAGUGUAAGCAGGGCUACGUGCUGGCCUGUAACCUGCUGCACCACAUCCUUCGCUCCACUGCCCUCAUCUACCCCACAGAGUACUGUAGUAUGCCAGGAGGCUUCCACCAGCCCGUCUGCGACUACCUCCCCAUCAAGGACUGGGGUCGGCCUGGAGAUUUGUGGAAUCUGGAUAUCCGGUGGCACGUCCCCAGCGUCGAAGAGAUAUCGUUGGCUUUUUAUUUGCUAGACCUACUACUCCAGCCUGAACUUCAACGCCUGCAGAGGUUUUCAAAAGGAGAACAGGAAAUGAGCCGAGAUGACGUCCUACAAAGCCUCACCAUUGUUCAGCACUGUCUCCUGGGAGCUGGAGGUCUGAUGCCUCCACUGAAAGGAGAGCCCAUCCCUAACCUGGUUCACAGCAUGGUGAAUCUGGAAGAGACUACGCUCUACACAGGAAUGGACUAUGACGAGACCAGAGAGAACUACAGAGAUGCAAUUUACAACGUGAUGAGAAGUCUCCUGCAUUAUAUUCUGGAGCACUCUGAAGACGACACAAAGUCUCUUUUCUCCAUCAUCAAGAUCAUCAGUGAUCUUCUGCACUUUAAAGGUUCUCACAAGCACGAGUUCGACUCGCGCUGGAAGAGCUUCAACCUUGUGAAGAAAUCUAUGGAGAACAGACUUCACGGUAGAAAACAGCACAUCAGAGCUCUGCUCAUUGACAGAGUCAUGCUCCAGCAUGAGCUGAGGAAGCUAACGGUGGAAGGAUGUCAGUAUAGGACCACUCACCAGGAGCUGAUGAAAGACCUGCUCAGGCUUUCCACAAGCACAUACAGUCAGAUACGCAGCAGAGCUCAAAGUGUGCUGUUCACCGCUCUGGGAACCUACAAUUUCUGCUGCAGGGACCUGAUCCCACAUGUCCUCGAGUUUCUUAACCCAGAGAACAGCCGUGUCACUCAGCAGCAGUUCAAAGGCGCGCUGUACUGUCUGCUCGGGAAUCACAGCGGAGUGUGUCUGGCCAAUCUGCACGACUGGGACUGCAUUGCUCUCACAUGGCCUGGCAUUGUGCGUUCUGGCCUCAGCUCAGCCAUGUCUCUUGAGAAACCUUCAAUCGUGCGACUUUUUGACGACCUUGCAGACAAAAUCCAUCGGCAGUACGAGACCAUCGGCGUCGACUUCUCUGUCCCAGAGGAGUGUUGUGCCGUGGCAAAACUACUAAUGACUACAGGAAGUCCUUUCCCUGUCGACGCUGUGCCCUCCGAGGAGGAAACGGAGCAGGGUCUUAAACGACAGAAGCUGAAAAACUCUGAGGCUGUUGAGAAGUACAAAGGUCUCAUCGGGGAUCUGAUAGAUUGCCUCAGCAACAGAAACUUGCCUUGGAAGUUUGAGCACAUUUCCAUUGGCUUUCUGUCCUUGCUGCUGCGAGACGACCACCAGCUGCCACCUGCAGCUGUUACGUUCUUUGUGAAGAGCCUCAACCACGACUCCCUCUACGUCCGCAAGGUGGCAAUAUCGGCUGUGGCUGGAAUCAUGAAACAAAUAAAAAGACCUCACAAGAAAGUCCCAGUCAGCCCAGCUGAGCUUUCCAAGAAAUGCGAGACGAUGGAGCUCAGCAGGAUUGUAGCAGGGGACCGUCCAGACAACCAGUGGCUCCAGUAUAACAGCAGCAACCUUCCACGCACACAACAAGAGUGGGAUCUCUGUGUCUUUGUGGAAAAGACUCACUGGGGAUACUACUGCUGGCCAAGAAAAAUGCUGAUCUACGCGCCGGAGGAGGAGCAGCCCAAACAGAAUCUGAGCAGAACCGAAAUGACUGAGCGGGAGCUGAUCAUCUUUGACCAUUUCACGGACCCCGUGUUCAUCAACCAGUUCAUCGAGUUUCUCUCUCUUGAGGAUCGUAAGGGCAAGGACAAGUUCAGCCCUCGCAGGUUCUGUCUGUUCAAGGGAUUGUUCCGUAACUUUGGCGACGCCUUUCUGCCCGUGUUGCGGCCUCACAUGGAGCGGCUGGUGUCCGACUCGCAUGAGAGCAAGCAGCGUUGUGUAGCAGAGAUAAUCUCAGGUCUGAUAAGGGGCUGCAAACACUGGAGCUUCUCUAAGGUUGAGAGCCUUUGGGAGCUGUUGUGUCCUUUGCUCCGUACCGCGUUGUCCAACAUCACAAUAGAGACCUACGCAGACUGGGGUACCUGCAUCGCCACAGCCUGUGAGAGCAGAGACCCACGCAAGCUUCAUCGGCUGUUCGAGAUGCUCAUGGAAUCUCCCGUCAACGGAGAGGGGGGCUCUUUUGUAGAUGCCUGUCGUCUCUACGUGCUGCAAGGAGGUCUAGCCCAGCAGGAGUGGCGUGUGCCUGAGCUUUUGCACAGAUUGCUUCAGUAUCUGGAGCCCAAACUCACACAAGUGUACAAGAACGUACGGGAGCGCAUCGGAAGCGUGCUCACGUACAUCUUCAUGAUUGACGUCAACUUGCCUUUCACCCAGCCCACCACGUCCCCGCGCAUCUCAGACUUCACGGAGCGAAUCCUGCUGAAGCUCAAACCCCUGACCGAGGGGGACGAGGAGAUCCAGAACCACGUCAUCGAGGAGAACGAGGUCGGGGAGCAGGACGAGAGAACGCAAGCAAUAAAGUUACUGAAAACAGUGCUCAAGUGGUUGAUUGCAAGCGCCGGUCGCUCUUUCACCACCGCCGUCCCGGAGCAACUACAGCUGCUUCCUCUCCUCUUCAAGAUUGCUCCAGUUGAAAACGAUGACAGUUAUGAUGAACUGAAGAGGGAUGCCAAGACCUGUCUGUCUCUAAUGUCUCAGGGACUCCUCUACACAGAUCAAAUCCCCAUGGUCCUCGAUGUCCUAAAAGAGAUAGCUGGCAGCAGCUCUUGGCAUGCCCGCUACACGGUGCUCACCUACCUCCAAAUCAUGGUUUUCUACAACCUGUUCACAUUCAUGAGUGACCAGAAAGCGGUGAAAGACGUGCGGGGCCUGGUGAUAAAACUCCUGGAGGACGAGCAGCUUGAGGUACGAGAAAUGGCCGCCACCACUCUAAGUGGCUUCCUGCAGUGCAACUUCCUCUCCAUGGAUGACCCCAUGCAGGCGCAUUUCGAGGCUCUCUGCAAGACACGUUUGCCCAAGAAGCGGAAACGGGAGCUCGGCUCUGUCGUGGACACCAUCCCCUCAGCUGACCUCGUGCGCCGCCAUGCGGGCGUUCUGGGUUUGAGCGCUUGUAUCCUCUCCAGCCCAUACGACGUUCCCACCUGGAUGCCCCAGUUGCUAAUGGACCUGAGCGCCCACCUCAAUGACACCCAACCCAUUGAAAUGACCGUGAAGAAAACUCUUUCGAACUUCCGACGGACUCAUCACGACAACUGGCAGCAGCACAAGCAGCAGUUCACGGAUGACCAGCUGUUGGUCCUCACCGACCUGCUGGUCUCCCCCUGUUACUACGCCUGAAACCUGUACCACCCCAGACGACAGACACCAGCUCGCACUGGAGAGGAGUCCUUCGUUCCAGGACAAAGACAAGUGACGACACAUGGAAGCUGCAAUGUUGUGUAUUUAUGUAUUUAGCACCUUUACAUUUCUUCUAUACUUAAUAUUUAAGGAUCAAUCGUGACAGGAAGGAAUGACCUGCAGUUUGUAACAUUACUGUACAGAUGUUUGUUUGUUUUUUUUGUUUUUUUUUCUCCCCCCCUUUCUGGCUUGUGUGUCCCGCAUGUACACUGAUAUGUGUCUGCGCGUGUUCAUGGGAUGCUUGAAGACAUCUGCUAGUGUGACAUACAUUUCUCAGGAUCAUAUCCCAAGUAUCCACUCUGAGCCAACGCAACGUCCAGAGCGGGACAGAAUAGUCUUUUACUAUCUUCAGGCAGUGAUGUGUUUGCUACAAGCCACUGAGAAUGAACUAUGAAACAGUGGUCUGUUGAAUUUGCAGCACACAAUGUUUGUGUGGUUGUUCAUUCUAUACACGACUAUAUGCAUCAUGUAUGUAUAUAUCAUGGCAUAGAAGAUGUGCACAAACAUGUUUAUUUAUUUACCUUUUUUUUUUAAAUUCUGAAUUCUUUUUUUUUUUUCAUAGUCUUUAUCUGAAAAUAUCUGGAUGGUUGAGUUGUUUAACUAUUUUCAUUACCAGGGAGGGAGCAUUCUCCCCACUGCUGUUCUGCGUGAUGCGUUUGCUGUGAGGACCCGACCGUUGUGGCAUCACUGUGUCAUAAGUCUCAGCGCAAUAGAGAAAAAUAAAAUAAAAAGCCAAAUAUGCCUGUCUGUUGAUGGACGCUUUCCCACAGAUAUAUUUGACAUUU